AUCCCUCAAUGUGUGUUGUAAUCCAAGUUCCUCUGUGCUUUGUUUACAUAGCCGGUCUGGCUGCGCGUGCAUACCAAGAUUUACUGGAGGACAUCAUUACUGACAGCUGCUUCCACACUUCUCAGCAGAUCCCCUGCGACUUGUUGCCGUUGGCGAUGGUGAUGCUGUUUGACUUCCAGGAACAAAGGUUUUUGUCACGUGAGCGUUCAACAAAGGAAGGGGAGGGGCCUCUUCAGGAAGUCAGGGACCUGGAGAGCAGUCUGCAAAGGUGUAAAACCAAGCUGGCAGCAUCUCUAGCUCGCUGCAGAGUGAAACAGAGUCUGCAGAGCGUCUCCUGUUUUCUGUCUGAUCCGGUCAGGACCAAACAGCACAGAGCAAAACGUCUGCCACUUUACGCAUGGGUCAAUACUCUCAAGGCUAGUGUUGAUGAAGUGUGUGAAGCGUUACAAAGCACCGGCUUGUGUGAAGUGAAGAUCAUGACGGACCUCAGAGAGGCAACGUUCUGCAGAGACCCUCUCUGUCCAGACACACUCGUCUUCUCCCAACAGCUUCAUGCUCUGCUGCAGCACAGCACCCUCACAAGUACACAUGAACUUAACACACAGGACAGGAGUGUGUGUGUGGCAGUGAGUGCGUUACGCCCCCUGCUGUUUGAUAACGGUGACGUCCUGGUGGUGGGGUGUUUCUCAGCCAUGACUGUGGCUCACAUCGCGGUGGCGGCCGCUGCCCGCUCUGGCCGAGUGUUGGUGUGUGGCGCGGAUCAAACUCCUUUACAAAUAGAGGAGAUACAAGAACUACUCACACAGAUGGACAUCAAAAAUUUUCGAGUCCUGUCAGAAGCCUUCUGUGCUUUGAAUGAGUGGGACGCCGCCGUCCAGAGAUUGAAGGUCAUCAUAGUGCUGCCUCAGUGUUCGUCAUCCGCACUCAAUGACCCUGUGCCCACCAUCCACAGUGAACACGGAGACUGGGAUCUACUGCCAGACUUGUGUCACAGUUCUGUAUCCCGGAGCAAAAUACACACAAUGGCCACCCAGCAGGCACGACUACUAGCACACACUCUCUCCUUCCCAAAGGUUCAAACGUUGGUCUAUUGCACACGCUCAGUGUAUCCUGAGGAAAAUGAACAGCUGGUGAAAAGAGUGUUAGAGAAAACACACACUCACCCCAAACUGCUGCCCUUCAGGAUAAACGGUCCCAUUUUCCCCGAUAACUCCCAGUCAGGAGACACAACAGACUCCAAGUUCUUCAGGCUCGAAGCAUCUCAGUUCACCAACGGCUGCUUCAUCGCACGGCUGUCCCGACAGGCGGAUCCCACUAAGGUAGAAACAGUCCACGAUGUGCUGGCAAGGGCAGCAGCAAAGGGCCUCCUGGGUGGAAUAAUUCCUGAACAAUCAAAAACUAGUAAAAAGGGGAAAAGCAAGAAGAAUCGCGUUGCGUCAGCCAGCAGCAAACCUUCAUCCCCCUCGGGCCAAGAGAGAGAGAAAGGAAGGGAGCUGGUGAAUGGAGAAGAUCCAGUCGCAGCUUCAGAACAUGAAGAGAAGAAAGGUGAAAGUGGUGAGGAGGGAGAAGAAAAGGACCAAGACAAUGGCGGAAAAGGAGGAAAUAAGAGGAAAGGGCUUAAAGGAAGUAAGCGAAAGGUCAAACGGCGACCAAAGCCAACCAACAGGACUACCACGGACACAAAGCUCCCUCCUAAAAGCCACACGAAGAAAUCAACCAAGAUAAAAGUCAGUCAAUCACAUCACAAGAGGCGCCUUACAAAAAGCAAACGGAGAAGAAUACCUCGUCUUACACUGACGUUAAUAUCCUCUGCAAAACCCCCCAGCCACUUGUCUCCAAUCACAGCCCUCGCACACAAAAUAAGUAACAACUCAACAUUUAGCCUGCCUGCUCUUCCUGCUCUUCCUGCUCUAUCUGCUCCCCGUGCGGCCUCCAAGCAGGUGCAGAGACUCAACACUGAGCCUGAAAGAGCAGAGAAAACACUGAAGGAUGCACUCAGACCAGAAAGCCCGUUUAAGGCCAGAGUAAAGGUGGUGAGACCUAAGAAAGAGGUGGGGGCAGAGGACGUGUUGAAGCCUGCAGAUUUGGUCCUGCCACCCAUUUCCUCCUCGUCCUCCAGCUCUGUAGGCAGCAGGAGUGGUAGUUCUCUGUGUCAGCGUCCGACCCGGACCUCCCGGUCUCAGCUCACCCAAAUAUCUACAUCUGCCUCUUCCUCCGUCUAUCUGCCCGGAUUAUAGAAAAGAUCAUGUGCAUUGAUGUUGUGGUAAAUUAAAUGUACAGCUUUUUCCGAGUGCAAUCAUAAAGGACUACCAAGUCAAUUAUUUGAAAUGAUUUAAA